AUGGUAUCACUUGACCGAGUAUCUGAUUUAGCCUCAAUAACCACCGAAGACGAAAUGGAAAAUGAUGAAGAAUUGUUACAACCAUUAGAUCGAAGCAUUGAAGAAUUUGCCUAUUGGGAACAGCAAAUUGAUGCUGUAGUAUCAUUAUUACGCAGGAAAGGUAUUAUGAAUGUUCAUAUUCUACGAAAAGGUAUAGAAUCAAUUGAUAAAUCAGUGUACAAUAAAUUAAGCUAUUAUGAGCGAUGGGCCAUUUCUAUCACUAAAUAUUGUUUAGAAUCUGGUAUAUUAACUCAAGAAGAUUUGAAUAAGAAAUAUGGUCCACCUUUACAUUCAACAGAUGAACAAUUAUUUCACGUUGGUGAUAAAGUACGCGUUCAUCAUGAAAAUUAUGCUACUCGUUGGAUAAAACCUCAUUUACGUACUCCUGGUUAUUUGUAUGGCAAAGUUGGUAUUAUUGAAAGAUGUUGUGGAUCAUAUCCUAAUCCGGAAUAUUUCGCGUAUGAUAAUACUGAAAGUACUACUAUUCAUCGCCAACCUCUUUAUCGAGUAAGAUUUAAUCAGAAAUAUAUUUGGGAUCAUUAUGAAGGUGGUGCUGAUGAUACUAUUGAUGUAGAAAUUUAUCAACAUUGGCUAAUGCCUGCAUUACAACCUUAUUCAUCAAGAGAAAAAGGCAAAGAUGAAGAUUAUCAGAAAUACGAUUUUGAUCAUCAGCAUAAAGAUCAUAAUCACGAUCAUAUUCACGAGGCUAGAGCCAUUAUCGAACAAACAGCGAUAGAUCGUGAAGGAAUACCAUUGCCUGCUCAACAUUUAGCAGAAUCAUUGAUCAGCGCAUUAAUUGAUAAAAACAUUAUCAAUUAUGAAGAAUUACGCCAACAGAUUGAAACUAAUCAAACAGGUGGAGUAGAACUAAGAGGAGCAAAUAUUGUUGUUGAAGCUUGGUUAAAUCCUGAAUUUAAAGAACGUUUAUUAAAAGAUGGUACACGUACAAUUGUGGAAUUUUUGAAACUUGACACAGUAAGUAAUGAUUUGGUAGUUGUAGAAAAUACUGAUAAAAUUCACAAUUUAAUUGUGUGUACUCUUUGUUCUUGUUAUCCUCGACAAUUACUUGGUAUUCCACCAGGAUGGUAUAAGUCAAGAUCGUAUCGUGUUCGUGCACCUAGAAAUCCUCGUUCUAUUUUAAAAGAAUUUGGAACUAUACUUCCUAAUCAUAUGAAAAUUCAAGUUCAUGAUAGCACCGCUGAUUUACGUUACUUAGUUAUUCCACGUCGUCCUGCCAAUACUCAAGAUUGGUCUCGAGAACAAUUACUUUCAAUAGUUACUCGUGAUAGUAUGAUUGGUGUUUGUGAUAUUACUCUUUAA